CUUCUAUCGUCUACGUGCGCACAUCGUAGUUUAUGCAUGAAUAUACGAUAUCAAAACAGUAGGGUAAGGACGACGUAUGUGAGCGCAUGGGAAAAAAGGUAUCGAAACAAAUUGAAUCGGACGGUCUGUGACAAUGGGAAUGACGCGCAAGGUAAAGAGAACGUGUCAGAACUCGUGCGUACGAACAGAAAUGAAAUUCGAUUGACCCGAUUUAAACAAAUAGACCAACCGGCCUUUGAAUCGUGCUCGAAGGCGUUGUCAAUGCAAUAGACGUUUGUCACUUGCUGCUGGCCGCAGUAAUUUCCAAAGUGGUGCUCUUCAGAACUUUUAUUCGCGAUCUCUCUCACGUACGAAACCGAAACGCGCGAACAGCUUUCUUCCCACUUGAUCGCCGUACGGUGCGUUCGAGCACCAAUGCGGAUGAAAAUAAAGGGAGAAUGCACGUUCACACCGCGGACAGUUUUGUCAGCUGAUUACCAUUUGAACGCAACAUGCGAGGGAUGUGCCGUGAGAGACUCGAAAUUACGCCAUCCACGUAAUCGCCGUGACACGGAGUACCGCACUCUCAUUUAUAUUUUAUGAACUUUCUUCAACCGGAGAGACGUCGACGAGUCUCUCUCGACGAGAAUGGGAAACAAAAGUAGUUGCUGCGUUUACUCCAGCCCCCAGGUUGGACGCAAGGAAUUGGGAUCCGAAGGUGUUACCCGUGGCCUCGAGGAACAUCUGCCCGAAGGUGGGAUCAGCGUCAACAACCUACAACAUAUUAGCGAACGUGAGCCGGAAGACUGGGAUUCGGACCCGUCGUUACAUCCAUGCGCUGGCACUAUUUUCAUGGAACGUUCGAAACAGGCUAUUGAAAAUGGCAUGGUGAGAAAGAAAAGCCAACAUCAAAUCGCGGAUGUAAGGCCGUUGAAAAAGAGUAGCAGCUGCAGUACAAUAUAUUUAGAUGACAGUACUGUUUCACAACCAAAUCUCAAGAAUACUGUGAAAUGCGUUGCCUUAGCUGUUUAUUACCACAUUAAAAAUAGAACCUCACAGAGACAGAUUGAUAUAUUUGAUGAGAAACUUCAUCCCUUAACGAGGGAAGGUGUUUCAGAAGAUUAUGAUAAACAAAAUCCAGAGCAUAAACAAAUCUAUAAAUUUGUGAGAACAUUGUUUAAUGCUGCUCAACUUACAGCUGAAUGUGCCAUCAUAACGUUAGUUUACUUAGAACGUCUGCUCACUUAUGCAGAAAUAGACAUAACUCCAGCUAAUUGGAAACGAAUAGUACUUGGAGCUAUUUUAUUAGCGUCAAAGGUCUGGGAUGACCAGGCUGUAUGGAAUGUAGAUUACUGUCAAAUUCUUAAAGAUAUUACAGUAGAAGAUAUGAAUGAAUUAGAAAGGCAAUUCUUGGAAAUGCUACAGUUCAAUAUAAACGUUCCUUCAAGCGUAUACGCUAAAUAUUAUUUUGAUCUUCGCACACUUGCAGAAGCAAAUGAAUUAACAUUCCCUAGUGAACCACUCAGCAAAGAGAAAGCUCAGAAAUUGGAAGCCAUGUCCAGAGUUUAUGAAGACAAAGUUACUGCUGAAGCUUUACGUACUGGUAUUAAAAGAUGGUCAAGCUUAGAUAACAUAUGUAUAGGCGGUCCUAGACGUAGCAUUGCCAUUCUAUCCUAAAUUUUGGAUAUAAGUAAGUAUGUUACUUAUGUCCAUAAAUUUUCAAUCAAGGUAUGUGAACAAAUCAAUUUGCGAAUGUAUUUCUAAUAUAGUAUUAAUCAAUUUCAAAUUUUCAUAACCAUAUCAUUUUUAUUACUGAAUAAUUUGUACAUUCUUUUAUUUAAGUAUUUUAAUGCAAUACAAGUUUUAUAAGCAUUGUUCACGAACGUUAAAUCUUUCUUUUUUUCAAUUACUUCUGUUUGAUUGGUUUAUGUAAUUCUACAUUCUUUUAUAGCUUGAUUUUUUUCUAUAAUGAUAAAAUAUUGUAAUGUUUCAAUUGUUAACAUCGUUUUUACAAAAAUAUUUGUAUUCUAAAAACUUUGGCUUCAACUUAAAUUCUCGUUUCAUGCAGAUAGUAGAAUUGUUGUGAAGAAUCGUUUAUUUAGCUGCUGGAAAAAUUAAUUUUUUAAUCAGGGACCUCUUACACAAAUGUUACACAAAUAAAAGUAAUAAUAAAGUUUCUAC